CAGACGAAGAGACACACACACACACACACACACACAGUGAGCGCGAGCUCAGUCUAAGGGACGCGACGUCGUGUCCGGCUGCUCCGCUUCUCAGCGCGCGACAAAACGGAUGUAAAAGUUGCUGGAUUGUAACAUUUUUCUUUGUUGCGUUUUUUUCUGCGCGCGUUUUAAGACUCCGGUUCGGUUCGGUUCGGUUCGGUUAGUGCUCGGUGGAGAUGGACACGCGGAGCGGCGCCGCGGGGGGAGGCGAGCCGGGAGAGUGAGGAGAGAGAAAGAGAGAGAGAGAGAGAGAGAGAGAUCUGCAGAGGUUUAGGGAUCAGCUCUUGUUGGAUCUCGGCUCUUAUUCGUGGUGGAUUUUCGGCGCUUUGGUGAAACCUCGAGCACUUUUUCCUUUUCCUCCUUUUUUUUUCUUUUUUGGGAGCGCGUGGAGCAGAAACAGCGUUCACACACCGGGAGUUUAAGGAGCGCGAGACCUUCUAGUCCUCGGGGAAUCUGUUUACUGAAAAUCAUCAACAACAACAACAUCGAAUUUUCAGAAAAAGCUCGUGCAGUGUUUCUCCUUCAGGAAAAUCUGGAUUAAUCAAUCUGGAAGAAGGGAGAGAGAGAGGGAGGAGGAGUGAGAGAGGAGGACUGGGACACAGCUCGUACUUCCAGACCGCGGGAUUCGUGCUCUUUAACCCGGGUUAGGUGUGUUUGUCCCGGGACUGUAGACCUGCGGGAGGAUCCGCACCGAGGCGGAGACUUUUCGUGACUCUUUGAUGUUUUGGAGGAAAUAAAUGAUUAGAGAUUAAAAUAAAGGGAUUUUUGCUUUGAUUUGGGGUUUAAUUAGAGACUCGGUAGACUGAAGGAUGGAGGCGGUGACGCGGCCGAUUUUUCAGCCUCAUCCGGGACUUCAACAAACUCUGAAGCAGUUCCACCUCAGCUCCAUGAGCUCGUUAGGAGGCCCUGCGGCUUUCUCCGCGCGCUGGCAGCACGAGGUAUUCGGGAAGGACGGAGAGGAGCUCGAGCGCGCGGCGGCGGCCUCAGUGGCGGCUGCGGCGGCGGCCGCGGCUGCGCACGUGCCCCAGCCGAGGCCGCCCCCGGUGCUUCCGGUGCCGCUUUUCAUGGCGAGCGACCGGAGCACGGAGCGCUGCGAGACGCUGCUGGAAGGAGAGAGCAUCUCGUGCUUCGUGGUCGGCGGGGAGAAGCGGCUGUGUCUGCCUCAGAUCCUCAAUACGGUGCUGCGAGACUUCACCCUGCAGCAGAUCAACGCCGUGUGUGACGAACUGCACAUCUACUGCUCGCGCUGCACCGCCGAGCAGCUCGAGAUCCUCAAGGUCGUGGGGAUCCUGCCGUUUUCCGCGCCGUCCUGCGGCCUCAUCACUAAGACGGACUCCGAGCGCCUGUGCAACGCGCUGGUAAGGGCAGGCACGCGCUCCCGGGGCAACAAGGAGCUCGAGGUGAAGGGCUUCAAGGUGUACCACGAGUGUUUCGGGAAGUGUUCGGGGAUCUUCGUGCCGGAGCUCUACACCAACCCCGGAGCCGAAUGUAUCCAGUGCGCGGAGUGCGGGCUCAUGCACGCGCCGCACAAGUUCGUGGUGCACGGCCACAAGUCUCUGGAGAACCGGACAUGCCACUGGGGCUUCGAUUCGGCUAACUGGAGAGCCUACGUUCUCCUGAGUCCUGAGUACGCAGAGAAGGAGGAGAACGCCAAGCUGGAGGCACUGCUGCACGAGCUCAAGGAGAGGUUCGACUUCGCCAGCAAGUAUAAGAGGAGAUCUUCAGGGGUCUUGGAUUCAGUUUCCAUUAAGAAGCUAAAGCAGGAUGAAUUUUCUCCCUCAGCAGAUAAAGACAAGAAGCCUGAUUGGCUGCGUUCUCUCUCUGCCUCAGCCAAUAAAGGUUUUAAUUGUGUUCAGCAGAGACAGCGAGUGUCUGCGUUUAGGCCCUGGUCCCCGAACAUCACUGAAAAGGACGGAGCUACAAAAGCAGCAAGUGUUACCCGAGACAGUUUCUAUAACUAUAAAUCUUUGGAAAACUCGGUGGCUCCGAACGUGGCUCUGCCUCCGCUGCAGAAGGGGGCGUCGGCCUGUGUUUCUGCCCUGAACCCCGCUGGUAACGAGGGACACACAAAGAGCAGGAAAAGGAGGAUAACAGGGGAGGGUCACCCAGGACACACCCCUCACAGCCACACCUCAUCUAGUCACACCCAACAAAGCCACACCCUUUCCCGAGCUCCUGCACCAAUGACAGAGGAGCGUGACUCCGAUGUGGAGGUCGAGGUUCGAGAUGAAGUGACGUCUUCAUUGUCAUCCCUCUCGUCUCCGUCCUUCACGUCCUCAAGUUCUGCUAAGGAACUCAGCUCUCCGGGAGUCAUAGGGGUCACGGGGGUCGUGGAGGUCACAGCGGGAUCAGGGCCCGGGACGGAGAGCCAAGUGGGCGGAGCUUCUGUGGACUCUGAGCUGGAAACCCUGAGACAGGCGUUGGAUGGAGGAAUGGAGUCUCGAGAAGCAAAAGAGAAAUUCCUCCAUGAGAUCCUAAAGAUGAGGGUGAAACAGGAGGAGAAGCUGGGCUCGGCUCUACAGGCCAAACGCAGCCUACAGCAGGAGCUGGAGUUCCUGCGUGUGGUGAAGAAAGAGAAGCUGCGUGAAGCGAGUGAAGCGAAGCGUGCUCUGCGUAAAGAGAUGGAGCGAUUGCGAGCGGAGAACGAGAGGAGAAUGAAGGAGGCGAAUGAGACUCGAGCGAGACUCAGUAGAGAACUGGAUGAAGCCAAGCAGCAGCGCAGGUGCGAUAAAUCCUGCGAGUCCGGACGCAUGCGCGCUAAAUACUCCACUCAGAUUGAGGAGCUGCAGAUGAAGCUCCAGUUGGCUGAGGCAGAUCGUGAGCAGCUCCGCUCUGAGCUCCAGCAGGAACGUGAAGCUCGUCAGCAUCUCGAGAGGGUCGUCAAAGAUCUCCAGGAUCAGCUGUGGAGCAAAAACCAGCAGGAAACUCUCUCUGAGCCAAGCGGGAACGUUCCAUCAUCUUCAUCUGCUCUGAACGCUAAUGAGUCUGCCAAUUAACACACACACACACACACACACUAAUCAUGAGGAGGAUGAGGAGAGACACAGACGAUGUACAGCGACUUAAAUGAAAAAAGAAAGAAAACGGACAUAUAAAAACAGAUCGAGAUGUUGGAGUGUGAUACAGAUGUGAGCGCUGGCUCCGCCCCCCUCGACCCCGCCCCCUCGCCUCCGCCCUGUCAACUUCACCCCCUCGUCUCCACCCAGGACACACUGAUCAUCAUAUGGAGAAGCCUGAGACAUCGACACGAAUACGGGACACUUUGCACGUCAGCGUUGUCAUGGACACCACGUCAUGUCUGUGACGUCUCCACAGAGUGAAACAUGGUGGUGUUUUGGAUCGCUAGUGUGUUUACGGCUAAUCACGCUAAUCCUCAUCUCCAUGCUAAUGGUGUCACAGGAGAAGCAGCUCUCAGUGUUCAGUGGUUCCUCAGAGACUUUAAGUAUGAACAUGAUGAGCAUGAACAUAUUUCUGUGUCCAGGAACACACACACACACACACACACACACACACACACACACACACACACACACACUUUUAUAUAAAUAGAAAGUUGAUUCUUUACCUGCGGAGGAAACUUUGGGAGGAUUUGGGAGAUGAAGAAUUCCUGUUUUUUUUCUUUGAUGUUUGGAGAGUGUGUGUUUGUACUACACUCUCCUCUUUUUAUAGCAGAAUAUUUAUCAGAGUUACCGUACACACAAACACACACAUUCUACUUUUGGAAAUUGUUUCAAAGAAAUUGUAUCUUUGUGUUGCUUCUGUCACCGCUAUUAUAUAAUUUUCUUAAUAAACACACACACACACACACACACACACACACACACACACACACGGUCAAACCCUAAUUGUGGGGUAUCAUUAAAAGGUGUGUGUGUGUGUGUGUGUGUGUGUGUGUGUGUGUGGAAUGCUAACAGCUUCACUGUGCAUAUCCACCGUUGCAGCGCUAACAGUUAGCAUCAUGCUAAAUGAGGUGGCCAUGGUUUUUUGUAGGGCUGUUUUUUGGAGAAAAAAGUGACAAUGUUUUUUUCAGUAAAUUAUAUGUAAAUAUAAAUGUUUUUUUAAACUUUACAGUAAUGAAUCGCACUUUUGUCAUAACGAGAUCCUGCGUAAAAACAUGCAUUACCCUCUCUGUACCUUUAUUUCAGAGUUUAGCCUCCAGGAGUAUAGAAAAAUAAAAAUAAUGAAAUAAGUAAUUAAAUAAUAAUAAUAAUAAUAAUAAUAAUAAUAAUAAUAAAGCAUUAUGUUGAUUAUAUGCAACAGUUACAUGCAAAUGUAAUCAUCUGUUUACUGCAAAAAUACUGUAAAUAAAUAUUUCAACAAAAAACACCAUCUACACUCUUUCUACAAGUGUGUAUGAAUGUUUUGUGUGUGUGUGUGUGUGUGUGUGUGUGUGUGUGUGUGUGUGUGUGUAAGUGUUUGCAAAUUCAGAAUGAUCUUAUUUUAUCCGUAAAAUAGUUUAAAAGAUUUCCUCAGUUUUAACAUUUGAUGUGUUUUUAUGUUUUAUUGUGAAUAAAAUAUGGAAUUAUGAAAUAACAACAAAACAACAACAAUAA